AUGAAAGGAAAGGAAAUCAGAAUCAUCUCUCUUUUGGUGCUCGACACCAUCUUCUUCCUUUUGGAAGCCAUCGUGGGAUAUACGGUCGGCUCGUUGGCGUUGGUGGCCGAUUCGUUCCAUAUGUUGAACGAUAUCAUUUCGCUCUUCAUUGCUCUUUGGGCUGUCAAGGUCAAAACUCUGAAACCUGCCGACGGCAAGUACACCUAUGGCUGGCAGCGGGCGGAGAUUUUGGGUGCGUUGAUCAAUGCGGUGUUUCUUUUGGCGCUUUGCUUCACGAUUGUGAUCGAGGCCGUGCAACGGUUCUUUAGUGCGCCCGAGGUGUCGAACCCUAAACUUAUCUUGAUUGUAGGAAUCGCCGGAUUGGCCAGUAAUGCCAUUGGGCUUGUUUUGUUCCAUGAACAUGGCCACUCGCACGGCGGAGGUGGAGGUGGUCACUCCCAUGGCCACGGCCACAGCCACUCUCACGGUGGCGACGAGCCACAAGAGGAUGAGGAGGCUCAAAUUGGCGGAGAGUUGUAUACCGAGAACAACGGUUCCAGCAACAGCAUUUCGCAGUACAUGCCUAACAACGUGGUUGGUCGCAUUGAUGAGAACAGCCACCUUUUGCCUACCGAACACAACACUCACUCCGGCGAGAACUCCCACGCACAAAAGAAGAAGACAAAGUCCAUGAACAUGGAGGGUGUGUUCUUGCACGUUUUGGGUGAUGCUUUGGGUAACGUCGGUGUCAUCAUCACUGCUUUGUUCAUUUGGAAGACUGACUACUCCUGGAGAUUCUACAGUGACCCUGUGGUGUCGCUCGUGAUCACCAUGAUUAUUUUCUCUUCUGCUUUGCCCUUGUGCCGUAAAUCCUGUAAGAUCUUGUUGCAGGCCACUCCACAGUACUUGGACUCAAACAAAAUUGUCUGGGAGAUUGUUCAAAUCCCCGCCAUCAAGUCCGUACAUGACUUUCAUGUGUGGAACUUGGAUGAGGACUUCAUGGUUGCUUCCUUGCAUCUUGAAUUGAACGAGGAAGAACCAAUUAAUCCUUCUACCAAAUCUCAGAUUGAUAAGUCUGCGUUCAUCGACACCGUGGCUAAGGUUAGACUGAUCCUCCACAAAUAUAGAAUUAACAGUGUCACCAUCCAACCGGAGUUCCUGGCCAAGGAGGAUGGUGCUGUUUUCGGUGCCAAUGCAACUUCUUGUCAAUAG